CCGGGGGACACCGCUUCAGCCACCUACAGAGACCAGGGGACACCGCUUCAGCCACCUACAGAGACCAGGGGACACCGCUUCAAUUGUUUAUAGAGGCUGUGGAGUUUACCCACAUUGAAUUAAAAUGAUGCAAAAGUACUUCACCGAAGGGCAGGUAUACACAGUUCCAAUCAUCCAACCAGACUUGCGACGUGAAGAAGCCAUUCACCAGAUCAGUGAUGCCCUUCUAUAUCUCCAGAAAAUCUCCAAUGAUGUUUUCACUAGGGUUUCCCAAAACGUAGCGAGCAAUCAAACUCGCUUGCAGUCCAUCAAUGACCGGAUCAACUUGGCACAGGCUAAAAUCAAGAAAAUCAAAGGCAGCAAGAAAGCUACUAAAGUUUUUUCCAGUGCAAAAUACCCUGCACCUGACAAACUUCAGGAUUAUGUUUCCAUUUUCACUGGAGUCGAUGAUGCUGCUUUACAGAAAUGCCCACGCUAUAAGAUUCACAGCAAACUGAAACCACUGGAUGAAAAGGCAGUGCAGGAAAAGGCAAAGCAUUAUCCUGUGUGUCUGAACACCAAGUCACGCGAGGAGAAUGAGACAGAAGAAGGAUUGGGAAGCCUUCCCCGAAAUAUCACCUCUAUCAGUUCUCUACUACUUUUCAACACCACUGAAAACCCCUAUAAGAAGUAUGUUCUAUUGGAUCCAUUAGCUGGAGCAGUGACAAAAACUCACACUGCUCUGGAGACUGAAAAAGAUGAGAAACCAUUUGAUGCACCACUUUCUAUCACCAAGAGGGAGCAACUUGAACGACAGACAACUGAAAAUUAUUUCUAUGUGCCAGACCUGGGGCAAGUGCCAGAGAUUGAUGUCCCAUCCUAUCUGCCAGAUCUACCUGGCAUUGCUGAUGACCUCAUGUAUAGUGCGGAUCUGGGUCCGGGUAUCGCACCCUCUGCACCAGGGAGUAAUAUGCCUGAACUGCCCAGUUUCAACACAGAGCCUGCUUAUGCAAAUGGACCAGAUCAACAGAAUACAAAUCUACCACUGCCGCCUGUUGGACUUAGUACUCUAGAACUGCUGACACCAGUUAGUGCUCCUCCUCCUCCACCCCCACCACCACCUCCACCUCCACCUCAGUCAUCUCUGCAAACUGAUGUUGCUAAUAGUCAACCACCAGAAGGUGGCUGUGUUCAUGGAGCACCACAAGAAGUUGUGAAACCCUCAAAUGGAAGAGCCAGUCUGCUGGAAUCAAUCCGUCAGGCUGGAGGAAUCGGGAAAGCCAAACUGCGGAAUGCGAAGACCAUUAAAAUGGAAAAGAAGAAACAGAAAGAACAGGAACAAGGUGGAACAAUGAAAGGAGGUGGGGAUCUGAUGUCUGAUCUCUUCAACAAGCUCGCAAUGAGGAGAAAAGGUAUUUCUGGUAAAGGUCCUCAAGGUGAAGGAGGCAGUGGUGGAGCAGUUGCCAGUAGUGAUCCUGUACCAGGUGGAGCUUUUGCCAGAAUGUCUGAUGCCAUUCCACCCCUCCCACCUCCACAACAGCAAACUACUGAAGAUGAGGACGAAUGGGAUGCGUGAAAUUUGUUGCUUGAUUGUCGAAGCUGUCUGUGUUAGGUAUCUGGUCCCUGUGAAACAUUGAAGUUUUCAUUUAGUUGUGUUAAGUUUCUGUCAAUUCAGCUUGAGCUGAGAAAUCUUGAGACAGAGGGCAGAAGUUUGUUUGUACAUGAAUUCCUUUUUACCCAGUUUGUCUAUGAAAUAGGAAUCGAACAGUCUUGUCCAUGUGAACACAAUUACCAGGGCUUCUCAAUUUCCUGGCAAUCCGGUUAACUAAUAUGGCUAGCCAAAGACCUUGGCAAUUAAGCAGUAGAAUUUCCUUCAUAACAUUAUUUCAUUCUUUCAAUGACCUCUGUUUCAACAGAAACACCAAUGUUAAUUAGGCAAGAGUGUACUGAUGCUGUAAACUGAACAGCAAUGCAAAAUCCCCUGAAUAAAAGCACUAUUAUUGGCUAUUGUUUUAUGCAAAUAUGCUCUAAUAUUUAACAUUUUAAUAAUCCAGUUUAAAAGAUUAGAAAUGUAUUGCUCUGGUAUGACCAUAUAUUUUCGUUUGGCCGGUUUGUUUCCGGGUUUUCUCUAGCAUUGUUUAUCCAUAUAAUCAGGUGACAGUGGCCCACAUUUCCUUGAAUGAGUUGCGGAAAGAAGUCAGCAUGUUUCACAAAAAUAAAACAACUGCAGAUGCUGGAGAUCUGAAACAAAAACAAAUUGUUGAAACGUUAACUCUUCCUGCAGAUGCUGCCAGGCCUGCUGAGUUUCUUCAAGUCCAAUAACUCUUCUUCAGAACUCGGUUCAUCAGUUCUGAUGUGUCGCCAGACUCAAAGUUAACUGUUUUCUCCUCACAGAUUUUGCCAGAUCUGCUGACUUUCUCCGAUUUGUUUAUGUAUGUUUCACUACUCAGAUGCUAUAGUCUACUGCAUUCCUUGAGGGGCUAAUAAUUAUUAUCCAGAAUCAGCAAUGUUUAGAGUUUAGCAAAAUGAUGAAAGUGUAUAUAAUUCAAGUUCAAAUUAACAAUAACUGAAGCUUAGUAAUAUCUGUAAAACACUUGUACAGUUAUAGCAGACCAAUGAAGUUUAAUCUUAUUGUAUAGAAGAGAAAAAUUGAAAUAUGAAUGGCUGUUACAGUUGUCUGGUAAUACAAUUAAUUUGCAUAACAAUUCUCUGCUUAAAAGUUUAAAGUGUGAUAUUGGAGUAUCCCUGUUGCAUAAGUCAUGUUGAAUUGGAAUGAAGAGCAUGUUAGGAAAAAUCCAAUCUAUUGUCUAAAUGAAUUGUUUAAUAUGAGCAAAAUCAAUAUAGAAUUAUCAAAUUUGCAUUUUAUGUAUAGCCAAAAUGUUUCCUUUGCAAUUUUUUUUGUAUCAACAGAUUAUUUGCAAAUUGGCCGCCCUGUGCAAUGAAGGUUGUUUGCUGUACACUAUCAGAUUGUGUGCAGUGAGGAAAAUCUAUUUCAAAGCAAACAUUCCUGGAAACAUUGAAGAUUUUAGACAACAGUUUGGCUCCAACCAUGUGUCAUUGAACAUGAGAAAAUUUCCAUUGUAGCACUUGCAUUGAAAUUAUUUGAUAACCUACAUCAGUCCAAAACCCCCAAAAUUACUUCAACUUUUGGAUUUUUGGAGACAGCUCUGAUGAUGAAAAACCGUUAGAUACAUUUUAACACAGCUCAUCACAUUGGAAUGUAUCCAAUCUACCUGUUAUUAAGAGCUUCCACUGGAUGUUGGGAAAGGCCACAGGAAUCAUGAAAGUAACAUCAUGCCCAAUCUACAUUGCGGUGGCUUCAUUGCACAAGUAUUAAAUCAGUUGCACUUUACUAUUUUAACAGGAAGCUGAUCAAAAUGACUGUGGGGAAAAGCUAAU